AUGGAGUCAGACAAUCACAAUAAUAUUGUAAUGGCGACUACGGAAGACGUAGAAGUAGUAGAAGCAGUAGAAGAAGUAGAAGAAGUUCCAUUUACUGAAGAGGAGAUUGCUAUUACGUAUAAAGUAUUAGGUGUAUUAGCGAAUCGUAAUGAUCUCUUGGAGCAAAGGAAUAUGCGAAUGUUACGUAAGAAACUUGCGCCUGUAUGUGAAUACAUUGAAGGACGUAAAUUUGGUGGCAUAGGACGGAAGAAAUAUCUGGAAGAUAAAGCAAUUCGUGAAGAAAAACGAGCACGUCAUAAUCGACGUAAAAUGCACGAUCGUCGUCAUAUUAAUAGCUCGACAUUACGUCGUGAGCGGAUUGCAAAGUUAGAGUCUUUGUUGUUACAAGGUGAUGAUGCAACAAGUGUAUUGCCUAUGAUUGCCGACGGUGUAGCAGGAGAUUAUGGAUGUUAUGCUACAAAUACUUUGUUGACAAGUAUUUCUGACUCGAAGUUACAGCAACUUUGCACGGAUGAAGCACAACAAGCUCGUCAUGAUGAAGUAGCAGCUUACAGUAAAGAAGCGAAUGCAUUGCUGGGUUUUCGCUCGUGUUACACGUGCAAAAGUCGAUUUGAUAAGAUUCAUCACUUUUAUGAUCAGCUUUGUCCACGUUGUUCGGAGCUUAAUUUUAUUAAACGCUUUCAAACGGCAGAUUUACGUGGUAAAGUGGCGCUAAUUACGGGAGCCCGCGUGAAGAUUGGAUUUCAAGCGGCAGUGAAGUUGCUACUAGCAGGAGCAGCGGUUAUUGUGACAACACGGUUCCCAAAGGAUGCAGCCGAACGUUUUGCAAAACAUUCGGAGUAUGAGACGUUUAAGGGUCGUCUUCACAUAUUUGGCAUUGAUUUCCGUGAUCUGGUGCACCUGGAGCAGUUCUGCGAUUUCGUCAUAAGCCGCUACUCUCGUCUUGAUAUGAUUGUUCAUAAUGCAUGCCAGACGGUGCGUCGACCUCCUGCUUACUACAAGCUACUUGUGGAUAAGGAGACGAAGGCGCUAGAGACGAGCAAUAAGGAAGUUCAGAUGUUGUUAAGUUGUCAACAGGAGUUUGAGUCACAUGUCAAGUCAGUAGCACUUUCUACGUCUGAUGUCAAUGCUGUCAAUACAGGCGGUAACGUUGUCAUGUCAUCUGCGUUGAAGUCGCAGGUGCCUUUGAUUGCUGGAGAAGACCAUCCUGACGAUCAGACUUUUCCAAAGGGCAUUGUGGACGUGAAUGGACAGCAAUUAGACCUUCGCUCGCAGAACUCUUGGCUACUUCGUAUGGGCGAGGUUGCUACUCCUGAAGUGGCGGAAGUGUUUGCGAUCAACACGUUGGCACCGUUUAUUAUGAACAACCGCCUGUUGCCUUUGUUGGAGAAGAGUGGCAUUUCUGAAAAGAAGUUUAUUGUGAACGCUGCACUCAAUAUGAUGACGCGCACAUGUGCUGAGGAUCUAAGCAAGCGGCGCAUUUAUAUGAACUCGGUCGACACUGGCUGGAUCAAUGACGAAAAUCCAUUGUCAAAGGCCCAUGCUUAUGCAGAAGCCCACAAUUUCCAGACCCCUAUUGACGAAAUUGACGCAGCAGCACGCGUAUUGGAUCCAAUCUUUGUCGGCUACAAUUCGGAUGAGUCUAUUUUCGGCAAAUUCCUCAAGGAUUUCCACGAGACCGAGUGCCAGAUCUCGUCAGUAUUGAAUCUACCGUCAAGAAGUAUAAUCAGUUCAAGAGAGAAAGAAAGAAAAGAUGAAGUACUGCGUCAUAAGCUUACAAAACUACGUGAUGAGCGUACGGACAGUCGCAUUUUUCGUCAUUUGCUACGAGAAGUUACUUUUUAUCUUGGAUAUGAUGCAACGGAUGAUCUGGAGACGAUUCCGAUGAAAAUUAAGACUCCAAAAGGCGAUCAUCAAGGCGCAGAGCUGUCUACGUUGGUGGCAUUAGUGCCAAUUCUUCGUGCUGGAUUGGGAAUGGUAGAACCGAUGUUAGAUGUACUACCAAACGCUACAGUACAUCACAUUGGAAUGUAUCGCAACAAGCAAUCACUACUACCUGUACAAUACUACAACAAGCUCCCAAAGGAGUGUAAUGUCGACGUUGCAAUUAUCCUGGAACCUGUCAUUGCUACGGCUGGCACAAUCCUCGCAACGCUCGCAGUUUUAAAGACGUGGGGCGUUCAAAGAAUCAAGAUUGUAAGCACAAUCGCAUCCAAGCAGGGUCUGCAGGAAGUGUGUGACAAGAAUCCCGAUGUGGAAAUUUUCCUCGCUGCGAUUGACGAUGGACUUUCUGAGGAUGGCUACAUUUUGCCUGGUCUUGGUGAUGCUGGUGACCGUGAGUUUCAUACUGGAAAGCAGGAUGAAAAGGUUGAGAUGUUACAGAAGAAGCAGAAAUUGUAG